AUGACUGUCACCUACUCGAGCCAAGUGGCCAAUGCCCGUUUAGGCUCCUUCUCCCGCCUGCUGCUGUGCUGGCGAGGCAGCAUCUACAAACUGCUCUACGGCGAGUUUCUCAUCUUUCUGCUCUGCUACUACAUCAUCCGCUUCAUUUACAGGAUGGCCCUCACAGACGAACAGCAGGUGAUUUUUGAGAAGCUAACUCUGUAUUGUGACAGCUACAUCCAGCUCAUCCCCAUCUCCUUCGUACUGGGCUUCUACGUGACGCUAGUCGUGACCCGCUGGUGGAACCAGUAUGAGAACCUGCCGUGGCCCGACCGCCUCAUGAACCUGGUGUCGUCCUUCGUGGAGGGCAAGGACGAGCAAGGCCGGAUGCUGCGGCGCACGCUCAUGCGCUAUGCCAACCUGGGCAACGUGCUCAUCCUGCGCAGCGUCAGCGCUGCGGUCUACAAACGCUUUCCCAGCCCACAGCACCUGGUGAAAGCAGGCUUCAUGACACCCUCGGAACACAAACACUUACAAAAACGGAGCUUGCCACACAACUCGUUCUGGAUGCCCUGGGUGUGGUUUGCCAACCUGUCAACAAAGGCAUGGAUUGGAGGUCGGAUUCGGGACCCUAUCCUGCUCCAGAGCCUGCUCAACGAAAUGAACACCUUGCGUACUCAGUGUGGACAGCUGUAUGCCUACGACUGGAUCAGCAUCCCACUGGUGUACACUCAGGUGGUGACCGUGGCAGUAUACAGCUUCUUCCUGGCUUGCCUGAUUGGGCGGCAGUUUCUGAACCCAGCCAAGGCCUACCCUGGCCAUGAGAUGGACCUCGUUGUACCCCUCUUCACAUUCCUGCAGUUCUUCUUCUAUGCUGGCUGGUUGAAGGUGGCAGAGCAACUCAUCAACCCAUUUGGAGAGGAUGACGAUGACUUUGAGACCAACUGGAUUGUUGACAGGAGCUUGCAGGUGUCCCUAUUGGCUGUCGACGAGAUGCAUCAGGACUUGCCACCGAUGGAGCGAGAUAUGUACUGGAAUGAGCCAGAACCACAUCCCCCCUACACAGCUGCUUCUGCCCAAUCUCGCCGACCUUCCUUUUUUGGCUCCACCUUCAACAUCAGUCUGGAUAAGGAAGACAUGGAGUUUCAGCCAGAUCUAGAGGAGCAAGAGGGUGCUCACACUGGCAUCAUUGGCCGCUUCCUAGGGCUGCAAUCCCACGACCGCCAGUCCCCCAGGACAAACUCAAAAACCAAACUACUGUGGCCCAAGAAAGAAGUCCUUUCGCAUGAGAACCAGCCCAAGAACCUUGGAGGGGCCGGACAGAACACUAGCGACCAGGAAGACAGCAAGGCCUGGAAGGGGGAAGAUGUUUUCAAGUCCGCGGUGCUCUAUGGAAGGUCAGGCUACCACAGUGCCCCACAGACACCACUCAGCCACACCCCUAUGGUCUUCCCACCUGGACAGUCAGCACCCUCAAGUCUUCGCAGAAUCUCAGGCAUAGAUGACCCUAUCAAAGAUCAAAGCCUUCAUCCUGCAACCCCCAGGUCCAAGAAGAGUUUUGAAUUGCUCCCAGAGAAUCCUGGGGCCUCAACAGAGCACCCAGAAGCGAUUCACAUGAAGAGGAAAACUGUCGAGUUUAACCUGAUGGACAUGUCAGAGGCCCCUGAACAUCUCAGAGAACCACAUUUGGGACAGUCAACAAGCAACAUACACACUAUACUCAAAGAUCAUGGAGAUCCUUAUUGGGACUUGGAACAACAGGUCUGUCCUCUACUCAAACCAGGGCCACUAA